GUGUACUCAGGAGUGUUCACACAGAUCUUUAAAGAGGAGAGAGGACUGUACCAGGACAAGGUGUUCUGCUUCGUCCAUCUGAGUGUUCAGGAGUUUCUGGCUGCUCUUCAUGUCCAUCUGACCUUCAUCAACUCUGGAGUCAAUCUGAUGGCAGAACAACAAACAACAUCCCAGAAGUCUGAAACAAGACAAGACAAAUCUGAACUAACACAUCUCCACCAGAGUGCUGUGGACAAGGCCUUGCAGAGUCCAAAUGGACACCUGGACUUGUUCCUCCGCUUCCUCCUGGGUCUUUCACUGCAGACCAAUCAGAAACACCUACGAGGUCUGCUGACACAGACAGGAAGUAGCUCACAGACCAAUCAGGAAACAGUCCAGUACAUCAAGAAGAAGAUCAACGAGGAUCUGUCUGCAGAGAGAAACAUCAAUCUGUUCCACUGUCUGAAUGAACUGAAUGAUCGUUCUCUAGUGGAGGAGAUCCAACAGUCCCUGAGUUCAGGACGUCUCUCCACAGAUAAUCUGUCUCCUGCUCAGUGGUCAGCUCUGGUCUUCAUCUUACUGUCAUCAGAAGAAGAUCUGGAUGUGUUUGACCUGAAGAAAUACUCUGUUUCAGAGGAGGCUCUUCUGAGGCUGCUGCCAGUGGUCAAAGCCUCCAACAAAGCUCUACUGAGUGGCUGUAACCUGUCAAAGAGAAGCUGUGAAGCUCUGUCCUCAGUUCUCAGCUCCCGGUCCUCCAGUCUGAGACACCUGGACCUGAGUAACAACGACCUGAAGGAUUCAGGAGUGAACCUUCUGUCUGAUGGACUGAAGAGUUCACACUGUACACUGGGAACUCUCAGUCUGUCAGGCUGUCUGAUCACAGAGGAAGGCUGUGUUUCUCUGGCCUCAGCUCUGAGCUCCAACCCCUCCCAUCUGAGAGAGCUGGACCUGAGCUACAAUCAUCCAGGGGACUCAGGGGUGAAGCUGCUGUCGGCUGGAGUGAAGGAUCCACGCUGGAGACUGGACACUCUCAGGGUGGAGCCUGGUGGAGUCCGAUGGUUGAGACCAGGUCUGAGGAAGUAUUACUGUGAACUCACAAUCGACACAAACACAGUGAACGGACACCUCAAGCUGUCUGACAACAACAGGAAGGUGACACAUGUUAUGGAGGAGGAUCAGUCAUAUCCUGAUCAUCCAGACAGAUUUGACAUCUUGACUCAGCUGCUGUGUAGAACUGGUCUGACUGGUCGUUGUUACUGGGAGGUCAAGUGGAGAGGAGGGGUUUAUAUAUCAGUGAGUUACAGAGGAAUUAGGAGGAGAGGAAACAGAGAGGACUGUGUGUUUGGAAGGAAUGAUCAGUCCUGGAGUCUGAUCUGCUUUAAUGGUUAUCGUUACUCUGUCUGGCACAAUAACAGAACGACAUCCAUCUCCAUCUCCUCCUCCUCCUCCUCCUCCUCCUCCUCCUCCUCUGGUAGAGUAGCAGUGUAUGUGGACUGUCCUGCUGGCACUCUGUCCUUCUUCAGAGUCUCCUCUGACACACUGAUCCACCUCCACACCUUCAACACCACAUUCACUGAACCUCUUUAUCCUGGGUUUUUGCUCUGGUCACGUGAUUCCUCAGUGUCUCUGUGUUCUCUGUAGGAGGGAGAGUCUCCUCCUGUUAGAGAAACUUUCUCACUGCUGAACAGAUAGUUCAGUCUGUACAGGAUCACACACAGCUGAUGGUAGUUCACAGAAUGUGUGUAGGAUGCAGUAUUGAGUUUUUAUGUGAUGCAUAAUUACAGUGCAGUAGACGACUCUAUCUUUUGAUGCUGUUUUGCAGUAUUUUCUAUUUUGUUAUCGUUGUUGGCUAAUCUAAGUAACCUGCUUUAGUCUCUUUCAGCAUUCAACGUGAAUAAGGAUCUGUUUAAUUGAAGAAAAGCCUCUAAUAAAGUUCUGCUAAUUCAGUAAUAAACAUAUUUUAACUCCUUUAGAGUCUUAAAAAUAAAAGCCCACAUUAUUUUGUUGUGUAAAAACUUUUAUUGUGAAGCAGCAAAAUAAGGAAAUGUUGGGUUUUUGAGCACCAGCUUCACACAACUUCAAAUACGGCUGAUAGUGAACAUGAAACAGUAAAAUAAAACAGAUAUGUAAAGUAAAAACAGGAUGCAGGAGAGAAACUAAACCCCAAACCACAGUUAGAAGCUAUAAAAGUACUGGGAGCUGAACACAGAGAUUUUUAAAGACACCUGUCUGUCUGGUCUCCAGCAGACAGAGAUGAGGAGAGUCUCACAACACACACGGCUUGUUUGAGGGGUCAUCAGGUGUUGGCUGCGGUCGGCGAGAGGCCACCGCUACCCACUUGAGUGAGGGCAGCCCGGCUUUUGGACCUACUCCGGAGAAGGAGUACUAAUAUCAGUUUAUACAUUUCGAAAGCAGCAACAGGAAAUGGGAUCAUAUUUACUGUACACUGGUUGGCUGCAGUGGACAAACGGAAAACUGUGCAGAGGACUCAUCCAGGUCACUGUAGUCUUGGAGCUGUAAAAGGAUUACUUUCACCACAAAAUGACAAUGUGUUUAUUAAUUACUCACCCCAGGUUACCUUGAGUUUGUGAAGACAGUUUUCCCCGCAUGCCUCCAGUGUUGCUUGCCCAGGUGCAUACUGGACUAUUUACGCAGAAAUGUUUUAAAUGGUAAUGUUUUAAUGAAAAUGCAUGUGUUUGGGAAAUACUGAGCAUAUGGCCAGAUGAAUGAGACUUGGAUUAUAUUACAGGAGUUGUGUGAGAGUUUGUAAAAUGGAUGUUUUGAGACAGUCACACCAGGCCAAAAGUGGAGGAAGAGGCCAUGGCACAGGAGCCUGAGUAUUCAGCAUUUCGGAAAGUGCUGGAUUCAAGGAUGGAAUGAAAACUAGGCCUAAAGCUAAUAUGUGGCUGCUGCGGUCCAGCAUAAAAGAAUGACAUGGAAAAAUUUAAUCCAGUACAAUAAAAAAGGUGUUUCUAAGUAUUUGUAGUAUUUGUACUCUGGAUGCCAUUCUGUAUUGGUUCUUGUGGUACAUGUCAACAUCAAUUGAUGGGCACAGAAAGGCCUGUACACAAGAAUAACAUUAUGACAGCAUUUUAACAGGGCGUCUCAAAAAUUGUAAAAAGAGCAGACUGCAGCAGGGUUUGUUUUCUCUAGUAAAAUCUGAGAAAAGAAUUCAA